AUGGCCAUUCCCCAGACCCAGAAGGCGGUUGUUUUCGACACCAACGGCGGCCCCUUGCAGUACAAGGACAUUGCCGUCCCCACGCCCAAGGAAAACGAAAUCUUGGUCCACGUCAAGUACUCGGGCGUGUGCCACACAGACCUCCACGCCUGGAAGGGCGACUGGCCCUUGGCCACCAAGUUGCCCCUUGUCGGCGGCCACGAGGGCGCGGGCGAGGUCGUGGCGUUGGGCAAAAAUGUCAAGGGCUGGCGGCUCGGCGACCUUGCCGGCAUCAAGUGGUUGAACGGCUCGUGCCUCCAGUGCGAGCUCUGCCAGCACGGCAACGAGCCCAACUGCGCCGAGGCCGAUCUCUCCGGGUACACGCACGACGGCUCGUUCCAGCAGUACGCCACGGCCGACGCCAUCCAGGCCGCGCGGCUCCCCCAGGGCACGGACUUGGCGCAGGCGGCGCCCAUCUUGUGUGCCGGCAUCACCGUGUACAAGGCGUUGAAAACCGCGGCCUUGCAGGCGGGCCAGUGGGUGUGUAUUUCCGGCGCCGGCGGCGGCUUGGGCUCGUUGGCCAUCCAGUACGCCACGGCCAUGGGCUACCGCGUGGUGGCCAUUGACGGCGGCGACGAGAAGCGCGACUUCUGCCGCUCGUUGGGCGCGGAGCAGUUCGUGGACUUCACGUCCAGCAAGGACAUUGUGCGGGACGUGGUGGCGGCCACCGGCGGCGGGGCGCACGACGCCAUCAACGUGUCGGUGUCGGAAAAGGCCAUUUCGCAGUCGUUGGAGUACCUCCGCCCGACCGGCGUGGCCGUCUUGGUGGGCUUGCCGGCGGGGGCCAAGGUGGUGGCGCCCGUGUUCGAGGCCGUGGUCAAGUCCGUGAGCAUCAAGGGCUCGUACGUGGGCAACCGCGCCGACUCGGCCGAGGCCAUCGACUUUUUCUCGCGCGGCUUGAUCAAGUGCCCCAUCAAGAUCGUGGGCUUGUCGGAGUUGCCGAAGAUCUACGAGUUGAUGGAGGCCGGCAAGAUCUUGGGCCGGUACGUGGUGGACACCUCCAAGUAG